AAAAUUGUAAUAAUCACGAUUCUUCCGUUUUGGCGAAACACCGAGCGCUUCAAGAUUCAACAUUUUGCGUAUCCUAUACUCAAUCCGGGAGGUGGAGGAACAUGGCUGGGAAGGAGGGACUGGAGAGGGAUGAACUCACCGAAUCACUCAACGAUCUUUUCGCCAACGUAUCCACAAUGAUCAAAGGCGAACUUCAGGGAACAAACAAUUUGCUUGAACUUUUGGAGAAGAUGAAUCUCAGAGUGGCUGAGGAAUACAAGGGCUUCGGUGAUGUGGCUUCUGGGUUAAGGAUUUUUGUUGAGCAACUGAAGGGUAAAAGCAACAACUUUGAUGAAUACGUUCAGCAGAUUGACUCGAUUGAGCAGCAAGUUACAGAAUUUGAAGCUGUAAUCUCAAUGCUUGAUAAAUAUGUUUCCAUGUUGGAAUCAAAAGUGCAAGCUGCUUAUCGAAUUUCACCUUCUUCAUAAUAGUCAUUUCUGCUAUUUAUUAAAAUGAGGUAAUCUGAUUGCUUAUGAUUAAUUUGCGCUUGGUUUCA